AUGAGAGUUGUGCCCGCCACCUUGCUGGUGGGAGCCGCCGCAGCCGCCGCUCCUCCCUUCCAGCAGGUCAUUGCUCCCCACCGCGAGCAGUUCGAGGACUUGGCCAAGCAGGGUGCCAACAUCUACGAGGACUGGAUCAAGCAGGGCUCUGAUGCUUUCUCAAAGCCCCUCCAGCAGCUCAAGGAUCACUUCAGCACGGUCUCGGAUGAGGCUCGUGAGUUGUGGGAGGAGGUUGCGAACUACUUCCCCAACGACAUGCACAGCGCCCCCAUGCUUUCCCUUCCUAAGAAGCAUACCCGCCGCCCUGCAUCACAAUGGGACCAUGUUGUCCAUGGUGAGGAUGUGCAGAACAUCUGGGUGUCUAAUGCCGAUGGUACUAAGGAGCGUGAGAUUGGUGGGAAGCUGGAGGCUUACGAUCUCCGCGUGAAGAAGGUUGACCCAAGCUCGCUCGGUGUUGACCCCAAUGUUAAGCAGUACAGUGGUUACUUGGAUGAUAACGAGAACGACAAGCACCUCUUCUACUGGUUCUUUGAAUCUCGUAACGACCCCGAGAAUGACCCCGUCGUUCUUUGGCUGAACGGCGGCCCUGGCUGCUCCUCUCUUACUGGCUUGUUCAUGGAACUUGGUCCCAGCUCUAUCAACAGCAAGAUCAAGACUAUUUACAACGAAUACUCCUGGAAUUCUAAUGCCUCCGUGAUCUUCCUGGACCAGCCUGUCAACGUUGGUUAUUCCUAUAGCGGCAGUGCCGUUAGUGACACCGUCGCUGCUGGCAAGGACGUUUAUGCACUGCUGUCUCUGUUCUUUAAGCAGUUCCCCGAGUAUUCCAAGCAGGACUUCCACAUCGCCGGCGAGUCCUACGCUGGUCACUACAUCCCUGCCUUCGCCUCUGAGAUCCUCUCCCAUGAGAAGCGCAACAUUAAUCUCAAGUCUGUGCUCAUUGGAAAUGGUCUGACUGAUGGCCUGACCCAGUACGCGUACUACCGUCCCAUGGCCUGUGGUGACGGCGGUUACCCUGCUGUUCUGGACGAAUCCUCCUGCCGCUCCAUGGAUAAUGCCCUGCCCCGCUGCCAAUCCAUGAUCAAGGCCUGCUACGACAGCGAGAGCUCUUGGCUAUGUGUUCCUGCCUCCAUCUACUGCAACAAUGCCCUCUUAGCCCCUUACCAACAGACUGGCCAGAAUGUCUAUGAUGUCCGUGGCAAGUGUGAGGACACUUCUAACUUGUGCUACAAAGGUAUGGGCUAUGUGAGCGAGUACCUCAACCAGGAGUACGUACGUGAAGCCCUUGGCGCUGAAGUUGAUGGUUACGACUCGUGCAACUUCGACAUCAACCGUAAUUUCCUCUUCCACGGCGACUGGAUGAAGCCCUUCCAUCGUCUUGUUCCUGGCCUCCUCGAGAAGAUUCCUGUCCUUAUCUACGCUGGUGAUGCCGACUUCAUUUGCAACUGGCUCGGUAACAAAGCCUGGACCGAGGCCCUUGAAUGGCCUGGCCAGACCGAGUACGCGUCUGCUGAGUUAGAGGAUCUCGUGAUCGAGCAAAACGAGCACGUCGGCAAGAAGAUUGGCCAGGUCAAGUCCCACGGCAACUUCACCUACAUGCGUAUCUACGGCGGUGGCCACAUGGUUCCCAUGGACCAGCCCGAGUCCAGCCUGGAGUUUUUCAACCGCUGGCUGGGUGGUGAGUGGUUCUAA